CCAGAACACGGGCAUCCUGUCUCCUGGGACUGUGUUCUUUCUUCUGCCCCACCCCCCGGGCUCCUCCUCCAUCAGGCCCUCUCUCCUCAUGCCACAUGUCUGUGCCAGUGAACCUCACAGAACACAAGGAUCACAGUGCCCAUUCAUGUUUGGUUUAAUGUUCUACCCAUAUAACCUGUUUGUUGCCUGUAGGGCUGUGGGCUCUGCAGUAAGCUAGGCAGUCUGUGUUCUAGAUUCUUCCUUUCUUCACCUGGCGCUCAGCCAUAUACAUCGAGACACUUGACAAGAGCUGGCAAGGUUGACAGCUGAGAAUAGAACCCAGGAGUGGGAGGUUCGAAUCUGCUUAGCCGGUGCUGUGGAGAUAAAAAGAGUUGGGGUUGCCAUCUUAGCUGAAGGAUGAACAGGGAACAGAACUCAGAAUGGACUCAGCACCUCACCGAAGCUAAUGGUUGAGCUUUAAGGCCACGGAGAAGGUUGUGUGACCUUCAGAGCUUACUAUACUCCAAAAUUCUAAGUAUCCAAGACCUAAACUCAGAGAGCAGAGACCUGCUGGCUAAGUUCAUAUCCAGCAAAUGGGUAGGGCCACUGGCUUGACCUUCUGGUACUGGCUUUCAAAGUUCCUGUUUAUCAUACCUGGUUUUAACAACCUUGCUCAUUUUUAUUACUACAUAGUUCUUGAGAUGGGAGUAAAAUGUAUGUGAAUAGUGUUGUGUUAGAAGUGCAGCUCUAGAUAGAUCAUACCAGGCCAAACAGUUCCACAUGAGGUUUAUUGAAGGAAAGAAGGGCAAAGGUGGCAGCAAAGGCGAAGGGAGGAAAGAGAAAGAGAGAGAGAAGUCAGAGGGGGGUCUUCCUUUUAUUUGGAUAGUGACAUAGGCACAGGUAAAGGUGGGAGGUUAUCCAAGUGGAUUCUGGGACUAUGGUGACGGUUGCCUUGGCAACAGAUGUGCAGAUCACUGUCACCUAGAAGUGAUGUCACUGGGUUCAGAGCCAAUCCUGAUACCAACAAAUAGUAGGCGACCUUGUUAUGGAAGGAUGCGUGAAUACUUCAGCUCACGGCUGGCAUUUCCAAAGGGAGAGCUAGUAUCUGAAAGCAGAUGUAGAAAAACUUCAACAUGUCCUAGGAAAAAGCUGUGGACACUAAAAUUGCUCCAGAAGUGAAAUGGGAAGAUGAUAGGUUUUCUUGACAAGGACUGCGAUGUGCCGGUCCUAGCUGCAGUCUGAGAGGAUGUCUGGGGUGUCUGAGCCCCUGAGCCGUGUAAAAGUGGGCACUUUACGCCGGCCCGAGGGCCCCCCAGAGCCCAUGGUGGUGGUACCAGUGGAUGUGGAGAAGGAAGACGUUCGCAUCCUCAAGGUCUGCUUCUACAGCAACAGCUUCAACCCAGGGAAGAACUUCAAGCUUGUCAAAUGCACAGUGCAGACGGAGAUCCAGGAGAUCAUCACCUCCAUCCUCCUGAGUGGGCGAAUAGGGCCCAACAUCCAGCUGGCUGAAUGCUACGGGCUGAGGCUGAAGCACAUGAAGUCAGACGAGAUCCACUGGCUGCACCCACAGAUGACUGUGGGCGAAGUGCAGGACAAGUAUGAAUGUCUACACGUGGAAGCUGAGUGGAGGUAUGACCUUCAAAUCCGCUACUUGCCAGAAGAUUUCAUGGAGAGCCUGAAAGAAGACAGGACCACACUGCUGUACUUUUACCAACAGCUCCGGAAUGACUACAUGCAACGCUAUGCCAGCAAGGUCAGUGAAGGCAUGGCUCUGCAGCUGGGCUGUCUGGAGCUCAGGAGAUUCUUCAAGGACAUGCCCCACAAUGCGCUCGACAAAAAGUCCAACUUUGAACUCCUAGAAAAAGAAGUUGGUCUGGACCUGUUUUUCCCAAAACAGAUGCAGGAAAACUUAAAGCCCAAGCAGUUCCGGAAGAUGAUCCAGCAGACCUUCCAGCAGUAUGCAUCACUCCGGGAGGAAGAGUGUGUCAUGAAAUUCUUCAACACUCUGGCGGGCUUUGCCAACAUCGACCAGGAGACCUAUCGCUGUGAACUCAUUCAAGGAUGGAACAUUACUGUGGACCUGGUCAUUGGCCCUAAAGGCAUCCGUCAGCUGACAAGUCAAGAUACAAAGCCCACCUGCCUGGCCGAGUUCAAGCAGAUCAGAUCCAUCAGGUGCCUCCCAUUGGAAGAGACCCAGGCAGUCCUGCAGCUGGGCAUUGAGGGUGCCCCCCAGUCCUUGUCCAUCAAAACCUCGUCCCUGGCAGAGGCUGAGAACAUGGCUGACCUCAUAGAUGGCUACUGCAGACUGCAAGGAGAACACAAAGGCUCUCUCAUCAUGCAUGCCAAGAAAGAUGGUGAGAAGAGGAACAGCCUGCCUCAGAUCCCCACACUAAACCUGGAGGCUCGGCGGUCCCACCUCUCAGAAAGCUGCAGUAUAGAGUCAGACAUCUAUGCAGAGAUUCCUGAUGAGACCCUGCGAAGGCCAGGAGGUCCACAGUACGGUGUUGCCCGUGAAGAUGUAGUUCUUAACCGCAUUCUGGGUGAAGGCUUCUUCGGAGAGGUCUACGAAGGUGUCUACACAAACCACAAAGGGGAAAAAAUUAGUGUGGCCGUCAAGACCUGUAAGAAAGAUUGUACCCUGGACAACAAGGAGAAGUUCAUGAGUGAGGCAGUGAUCAUGAAGAACCUUGACCACCCCCACAUCGUGAAGUUGAUUGGUAUCAUUGAAGAGGAACCCACGUGGAUCAUCAUGGAACUGUAUCCUUACGGGGAGCUGGGGCACUACCUGGAGCGUAACAAAAACUCCCUGAAGGUACCCACUCUGGUCCUGUACGCUCUACAGAUAUGCAAAGCCAUGGCCUAUCUAGAGAGCAUCAACUGUGUGCACAGGGACAUUGCUGUCCGGAACAUCCUGGUGGCCUCUCCUGAAUGUGUGAAGCUGGGGGACUUUGGACUCUCCCGGUACAUUGAAGAUGAGGACUAUUACAAAGCCUCGGUGACCCGUCUCCCCAUCAAAUGGAUGUCCCCCGAGUCUAUCAACUUCCGCCGCUUCACAACAGCCAGUGAUGUGUGGAUGUUUGCCGUAUGCAUGUGGGAGAUCCUCAGCUUCGGGAAGCAGCCUUUCUUCUGGCUUGAAAACAAGGAUGUCAUCGGGGUGCUGGAGAAAGGGGACAGACUGCCCAAGCCUGAACUCUGUCCGCCUGUCCUUUACACACUCAUGACGCGCUGCUGGGACUAUGACCCCAGUGACAGGCCCCGCUUCACAGAGCUUGUGUGCAGUCUCAGUGACAUUUACCAGAUGGAGAAGGACAUUGCUAUAGAGCAGGAAAGGAAUGCUCGCUACCGACCCCCCAAAAUACUGGAGCCCACUGCCUUUCAGGAACCCCCACCCAAGCCCAGCCGGCCCAAGUACAGACCCCCUCCACAGACCAACCUGCUGGCUCCUAAGCUGCAGUUCCAGGUCCCUGAGGGUCUGUGUGCCAGCUCUCCUACGCUUACCAGCCCUAUGGAGUAUCCAUCUCCAGUUAACUCGCUGCACACCCCACCUCUCCACCGGCACAAUGUCUUCAAGCGCCACAGCAUGCGGGAAGAGGACUUCAUCCGGCCCAGUAGCCGAGAAGAGGCCCAGCAGCUCUGGGAGGCAGAGAAGAUCAAGAUGAGAGAGGUCCUAGACAGACAGAAGAAGCAGAUGGUGGAAGAUUCCCAGUGGCUGAGGCGGGAGGAAAGAUCCUUGGACCCUAUGGUUUAUAUGAAUGACAAGUCCCCACUGACUCCAGAGAAGGAGGCUGGCUACACGGAGUUCACAGGGCCCCCACAGAAACCACCACGUCUGGGUGCACAGUCCAUUCAGCCCACGGCCAACCUGGACAGGACCGACGACCUCGUGUACCACAAUGUCAUGACCCUGGUGGAGGCUGUGCUGGAACUCAAGAACAAGCUCGGCCAGCUGCCCCCUGAGGACUAUGUGGUGGUGGUGAAGAAUGUGGGGCUGAAUCUGCGGAAGCUCAUCGGCAGUGUGGAUGAUCUCUUGCCCUCCUUGCCAGCAUCUUCUAGGACAGAGAUUGAAGGGACCCAGAAACUGCUCAACAAAGACCUGGCGGAGCUCAUCAACAAGAUGAGGUUGGCUCAGCAGAAUGCCGUGACAUCUCUGAGUGAGGAUUGCAAGCGGCAGAUGCUCACAGCGUCCCAUACCCUGGCCGUGGAUGCCAAGAACCUGCUGGAUGCUGUGGACCAGGCCAAGGUUGUGGCUAAUCUGGCCCACCCGCCUGCAGAAUGAUCAAGGGAGGGGCCGCCUGCCUGCAUCUUCUGCCCCCACCUGUCUUGGCAUACCUUUCCUGCCUUGCCUUUGGUUAUUGGUCUUCUAGGGAAAGCUGAGAAGAAUCCUACCCUUGCCACUUUGCACGAACUCCCCUUCCCCAACCCACCCCAGACUGUGCUAUUUGGGCUGUAUCCGGACAGAAAGGACUCUGGGCAUGGAGACGGGGUGGGGUGACAUCGUUCAUAGGGGUACUACUGCCAGCCACUCCCUCUUACCCCAGCCUGGGUUGCUGGAGCAUCGUUGGGGUCAUGGCUGUAUCCCUAUCAGCCAAGAUGGCUUUCUGCAUGGACAUUUGAGAGCCAGUAUUUCUCCUUCCUCUUCAGCCCUCAGGGACCCCUGAUUCAGAGGGGACAGAGAGGGGUUUUAUUUGUAGAGAAGCUGGUGAGAUGAGGGCUAGGCCUGGCUCUCUUGUACAGUGUACAUUGGAAUUUAUUUAAUGUGAGUUUGGCCUGGACAGACAGUCAAGGGCCACCGUCCAGGAACAAACCAAUCCAGCCACAGGGCUCUGUGUUUUUAUGAAAUCGAGCGCCACAGGGAAGAAGCAGAGAGUCGGAGGUCAGAACGGGACUUUGUGCCCUUCCUGUGUUUCUCUUCUCCCUCUUUUCUUCUCCCCUCUUUUCUUACUCCUCCUUUUUCUCUACCCCUUUUUCACAUCUGCUCCUCUCCUCUCUCACGUCUGUGGAGAACAUCCAUUUACCUUCCUUCUUUUUGAUCUGUGGUUGAAUUAAAAUCAUUACCAUUUGCUUUGUGGUUAGCUUGA